AAAGAAUGGUCAAAAUGCUAGCAAUGCUGGUGGUGGAGGAAAAGGUGGAAUUCUUGUAAUGGAUUCAUCUAAUGGAGGAGUAGUAGUACAACCAGAAGUAGAUUAUAGCUGCAACAAAGCUGCUCUGGCUCACCAGUCUCCUUGUAUGAUGCUUCUCCUGGAUGAGGUGGUGAACUACGAGACCUUGUACCAUCUCUGUUUUGACAAAUACGGGAACUACGUGCUGCAGUACAUUUUGACUUUUGGCCGCCCCAGCGACUUGGGCAAGGUUCGCGAGACCGUGUCGAAGCAUUUGGUCGAAUUCUGUUGCCACAAGUUUGCUUCCAACAUUACCGAGAAAACUAUCGACUGCCUCUCCGCCAAUGGCAACAGCGAGGCUUUAGAGAAAAUGGCGGACCAAAUCAUGCGACAAGACGGCAAACUCCUCUCCAUCACAACCGACUCGUUUGGCAAUUACAUCAUCCAGAAAAUGAUGCAAGUCCUGCCGCAGAUGCCCUUGACCAGAAUGAUGGAUCUGCUCUAUGUCAAUUUGCGCCGCAUCGAGCGCUCCCCGUACGGCAAACACAUUGUUUACCUCUUGAAAGAAGGCGGCUACAUGAAACCCGAAGUAGUAGAUAAGGCGAUUGGAAAAGUAGGAGAUCUUCAACCGCAUAAUAUUAAAGAUAAAGAAAAUGCAGCUCAACAUGCUGAUCAUGCUCAAGGACAAAUUAUGAGCAAAAGUAGAGAAGUUCACAACAAGGCAAAGGCAAUCGGAAUCAAGGGAGGUCACCACGGUCGCAACGGAACGUCGAAUGCAGCAGGAUACCAACUACAAGGUGCAGCAACCUCUCAUCGAUACCAAGCAGGAGGUCAACAUCAAUUAUACCAAAGAACUCCUGGUGGACAUCUUGGAAACGCUGGCCAUUUUGGAGGACAUUUUGGAGGAGGACAGAACGGUAGUGCAGCUAAGAGUUGUUCUCCCAAUUCUCGGUUUUUUGAUCAUCAGCAGAGCUAUGCAGCAAGCGAUCAACAACCAGUACAUCAGCAGGAUCACAAUAGUUACAACAUCAACAGGGAACAACACGUCGGAACCUUCGGCGGUGGAUAUAAUCAUUACAAUCAUGAUUACAACCAUUACAACAGUACAACAACUGGUGGCGUUCUCGGAUAUAAUCACACUUCUCACGAGCAGCAAGAGUAUCAUGAUGUUGAUCCAAACGACUACUACCACCAUGGCUUCAACACAACAAGGGAUGAGGACUUGGGCAACUCACGACUCGCUGGAGGUUCGCCCGGAUAUCCCCACCACGCUGGUAGUGAUUACAACCAUGCAGCUCCAACAGGUUGUAGAACUUCAGUGCCACGAGGACCUUCAUCCUCACCGCAUCGCCAACACCAUCAAUCUACCUAUGAUCGUGCAGGUAGUUCCUGCUCUUCUUACGGAGCAGGAGCUGCACCACCUCCUGUCCCGUCUUUUUUAGAACAAAGAGGCGCCGCCAAUAUUGCAAACACAGCAGGAACGUCUCGAGCGGGUGACAUGUAUUCUGCUUUAAACCCACACCGAACGGCGAAAGGAGGACCACGUGGUAAGCAAAAAUGUGGAGGAGGAUACAGCUUGAUGCACAUGCAAUGA